AUGAAUGAGAUUAGAAGUUGUUUAAAAUUAUGUGUACCUCGACACUCAGUGGACUCGGUCGCGUCGUAUUCUAGCCAGAAUCACGUUGACCGGAUAAGGGCACAGAACUUCUCAGCGGCUUCUUGUCAAGACGACCCGGACUUCGGCUCGAUUAAAACAAGCCUAUUUAGACGGUCUUCUCCAAAUUUGGAAUACUUAAACAAACGGCCGGAGAGCGUUACGUCAAACUCAAGCUCAACAAGAAGCCGACUUCGAGAACUUGUUGAAAGGAAAUCGAGUCUGGACGAGCACAAGUCCGCGGCAAACACCGUCGGUGAUAUCCAGUAUUUUGAGAAUCCUACAGAAACGUUAGAGUUUGACAAUUCGCGGCAUUCGGUACAGUCUAAAAAAAGUCAAGAACGUCCAAAAAAGAGGAAGCUGUCUAAAACGAAAGGAAAAGAGAAAGACAUAUGUGAAAAUAAAACCAAGAAACACGAAAAGUACCAAAGUAAACUAGCUGAGUACUACAAAUUACCAGUACAACUACCCCAGGACGAGUUUUACCAGCACUUGACAAGGUCGAAAGCAGCCGAAGAACUAAUACAAAAACGAUUCUCGAAUUCCGACACUGAGUUUAGCGGCAGUUACGGUAAAGUGUGCAAACACAAAGAACCUGAUGGUGCUAACUUACGACGCAGUCGAAGCUUGGCAGUGAUUAGAGAAGAAACGUUUAACGAUCUUCAAAUACAAAAUCACGCCAAAAGCAAGAGAUCUCAAUUGAUACCCCGCGCUCGCUUGUUUGACAAACCUUGCUUCAAAGACAGGUUGCCAGGACGUGCCAAGUACCAAACAAAAGAGGAAGUUCUGGAAAGUAUUUAUAUUGAUAGCACCGCUUCUUGUUUUGGAGACAUAAACGCACAAAAGGAAAGUGAAAAACCAGAAAAUACUGAGAAUAGAUCAGAAAAGGAAGAAGUGGUGUCACGUAACGAAAGUCGUCAUUCCCGAUCAGCAAGUGGAAGUUGGCCAAAUUUGAAUGAAGAAAUAAAACAGACUAAUCAUUCUGAAGACAGCAUUGGACAUUCGCAUAAUCCCAGCGAGAUUGAUAGCUUAGAUUCCAAUUACGUUAGAAAACAUUACAACUUUGAGGCCCACAGAAAAAGCUACAAAGACAGUUCACCCGAAUCUGAUCGUCUUAUUGCAUCACCGAAUCUAAGCAAAGAACUAUAUGUGACUACAGACGAACAUGAUACUGACAACGAAGACAAAGAUCAAUCAAACAAUAAUACACUAACAUCUUUUACAAACGAUAGUUUAACACGGUGCAGCAACGAUAAACCAGUUGAGCUUGAUACUACAGAAGUAAGCGAUAAAAAUUCGACAAAAAGCCAAAAAAGUGAAAGAAAAGAAACUAUACACGCAAGCUCAGAACGGGACACCUCAAUACUAAUCAGUGAAAAGAUAAACGAAGAUGAUUUACAAUCUAUAGCAUCUGAAAAUGAUGAAAUUGUUUCUAGCCCUCCCGAUAGUAUAACGUCUUAUAUUUCAAUAUCUAUUGCUUCUUCAGACAAAUCUCAAAAGUUAGAAUAUUUGGCUAACUCUCUAGCUGAAAAAAUUGAUGAAUAUUGUGAUUCUCAAUUUAAGGAGAACGCUUUAGCUGCGUCAACUACUAUAAAUUUGGAAAAUCAUCCAGAUAUUGAUCCUGUUUAUAUACAAGUAAAUAAAAAGAAAACAUUUGCUGAUAUUCGCAGAGAUUCAUUCCUAAAAAAGAAUAAUAACUUAUUCAACGAAGUUUUAAGUAACGAAGAUCAAGUGAGUAACACUUAUAUAGAUAGCGAUAAUUAUUCUACAAAUAGUCAAUACACAUCCCAAAACAUAACAACAGAACCUUUUAUCACCACUUUAAUAGAAAACCAAUAUUACUCUCUUCCUGACAUAAAUAUUAGCAAGUGUCUGCGAAAAUCAGAACGCAUUGACGCGCAACUCAGGGAGGAAGACCCAGAGGAUCUACCCAGUGAAAACACGUAUGAAAUAGCACAAACACAUUUCCGGGAUAUCUUGUCAUCCAAAAACUCUGAAAAUUACGGUCAUUUGAAUAAAAAUUCAUCCGAUUCUACACAUAAUAUCAAAAUUCAGAAAAAUAAUUAUAUUUACCUGCCGGAAUAUUCAGAACCACAACAAUUGCAAAAUUUCAAUAAACUUGACGAUGAUUUAAAAUCUAUUAUAACAGUUGACAGCUCUAACGCAGAUGAAAAAGAAAUAAAUUAUUUUCGUUCUGAUAACCACCAAAACGAAAGAGAACUUAAUGAAAUAGAAGGAACAAUACGAAACAACAAAGUAAUAACGAAAUCUGAAAGCCUAAUAAUAUCGAAUAGUUACAGGCCCGAAAUAAAUAUAUCAAAAUCUACUUCAAACGAUAAUAUUAAUGAUCCAUUACAGCACAAAAAGCAAAAAACUGGUAUUAAAAAACAUUAUUCUCUUCGUCAACGGGAGCCGUCUGAGGACGAGACAGAUCGGAUUCCUAGCCCAGAAUCUGUAGAGAAAACCUUAAUAAACAUUAAUGAGCCUGCAUUAGCAUCGCAAGCUGCAAGAGAAUCAAAUACCAAUUCAUUAUUAUCACGAGUACAAUCUUUCAAAACAUCGGCAGAGUCGAACAUUGCCUUAGUCCCACUAAGUGGCCACCAAACCAUCGUAAUUGAUCCACCUCUUGCUCAAAACUCUACAGAAUUACUAGAACUGCAAAACGAACAACAAUCAAAUACAAUCACAAAAGGCGAAAUCAUACAAAAAACUGAACCAACGACACAUUUGGACAUCAUUACAGAAAAUCAUAAAGAAACUAAAAACACUACAGUUGAAAAUUGUAUUGAUACAUCAAGUUACUACAUACCUAAAGAACCAUUUGUAACUAUAAAAUUAAACAAAGUCAUCAAAACAACUAUACCGAAAUUGAAAAAAGAAACUAGUGAUAAAAUCGCAUUUGUUCAAAACAAGUUUGAAAAACCACCACCGAAACUAAUAAUCAAAGACGAUAAGACAGAUCCACCCGCACAUACACUUACCAAAGUAAGCUCAAAUAUGACUAGACCUCAAGUCUUACAAGUUGUUGAUUCUAAAAGUAAAAAACAAAAUAUCCCAGCUAACUUAGAAAGUCUUAGUAAGCAAAAUGCGGAUAUAAAUAAGAAAACUGACGUAACUAUGGAUAUAAAAGAAGAAACUAAAUUUCCUAAAAACGAAAUCACGGUCAAAGAAAAAAUUAAUAAUGCAAUAAAAACUGAUAUCGAAUACCAAGAAAAAAUUAACUCUGUGAAAAACUAUUGGUCUAAGCUUGUGGAUCAACAUCCAGAUUGUAAAGAACAUAUUAAAAUUGACCCCGUAAAACCUGAAGAAAUAUGCAGUAAUAAUAAAGAUGACAACAAUGUUGAAAGGAAGGAAGAAAAGAUUUGUGAAAAAAAUGAGGACAAAUGUUUAUCAGAAAUAUCAGUGGGGAAUAUUAUUAAAUCUUUAGAGAGUGUUAAAAUUGUUGACAGCAUACGUAAAGUUAGCCAAACUAAAUUACAGCUAUGGAAAGAAGAAACUGAAAAAGUAAAAAGCGAUUCUGAAAUAGAAGAAUCACCUGUUGAUAAAAUUGUUAAAGAAUCUGAUCCUAACACGUACGAUAAAAAUGACGUGGAGAAAUAUGAGUUAGAUUCAUGUAGAGACACUCCUGAGAUAGAAAUAGUAGAAUUGACCUGCGAUAAUAAUGAAAAUCAGAAAACUCAAGCUACACUUAUAAAAGCAAAGAGCUAUGAUAAAGAUUGUGAUGACUUUGAUCACGUGAGAUAUAAAGUAAUGAAGUCAGAACUUUUCAAAAAUAGUAUGAUAGCAAACUAUCGUAAGGAAGCUCAAUUCGAUGGAUUGUUACAAUACUUACAAGACUAUAGUUUUCAAGAAUUAUUAGUUAAUAAUAAUAUAGUUAUAAUUGAACCAGUAAGAACAAAAGUUGAGCCAGCACCGAGAAAAAACACAGAUACAUGCAAAAUUCCAACGAAUCUGUUGAAAAAAACUGAGAAUACUGUCCCAACGGAGAAGCCAAAAAGUUCAGUACGCCGACAUUUCUUUUACCACCCGAUUAGAGUGAAUAAAGAAAUCAUUGAAGAAGAAUUACCAAAUCCUGAUACCGUCAAAAAAGUAAGAAAUCUAUUUGAGGACACGCUAAAGAUGAAGAGUCCUAUGUCACAUGACCCACCAUUGAUUGAGGAAAACGUUGGUUUAACAAGAAGGGCUACAUCUUAUAGGAAUCUUAGUGAAGAAUCGAAAGAAAAUAAGAAUGGCAGAAAGAAAGUUAUAAGACAAUUAACGAUAGAUACUAAUUUCGGUAAUAAGAAAUGGGAUAAUGCUAGUUUAUCUAGUGGAGUAUCAAGUGGCGAUCUUAGCUCAAAUAACGAGUAUGAAAAUGAUGCCUUGAGCCCAUAUUCACAGAAAAAAUUAAAAGAAUCGGUAUACAGUUCAAGCGAUGAAUAUUUGUGUGAUUCUAUGAACCAAGAUUUUAUUUGUGAAAGUCAGUAUGUUAGCCCUGAUAUCUUGAAGAAAAUCAGAGAGUGUGGAACUUCGGUUACAUAUUAUGGUGGAAAAGUACUAAAUUCCAAGACAAAUUCAACAGUAAGUCCUAUGACGAAGGCUAUAAUGGAAGAAAUUAAGAGUUUGCAAAAAAACUGCAGUAGAGACUGUUAUUCAUGUCAAAUGAAAUGUGGAGGAGACAAGUGCUCGUGUCUGACAGCAGAGAAACAUAAGCAACCACCUGCCAACAAACAAAAUAACAAUAUAUCAUCCGACAAAAUUCAAAAUCAGAGUGUAAAUAAACGUACUGAGGCAUUUCCGGGAUUCAAGUUUAAGUUGAUUAAAUCUAACAGUUGUAGCAGUCGGUUGGAAUUAACCGGUGCCGAUGAAAAUAAAAACCCAAAUCAUAAUUAUGAGAAACAGUUAUCAAAAGAAGAUCCCCCAUUACUGUUUCACGAUGAAGAAAAUUCAGUCAAAAAUAAAAUUUGCAGAUUAGAAAGUUAUAGCAAAGGAAUAAUAAAGACACCAUUUGAAUCAAAGGACAAUGAAAUCAAAAAAGACGUAAUAAAAACAAAGAUAGGUGCUAUCAAAAAAUAUGAAACCAAUAUUAAAAAACUUGAAGUUAUACCUCAACAGACGACUAUAACUACAGAAACCAAAAAAGAGGAACCAAAAGCAAAAGAAGAGAUAAAAGAAGAAUGUACAGAUAGUACUUUAACCGGUACCGACAAACAAGCAACAAAUUCCCAAACUUUUGAAACAAAAUUUUACUACCUAAAUGAUACUUUAGAGCAAGGUAAAGUCACACCCGGCAAGUUUGGCGAAAUGGUGUUCGAAGAGUUUGAAGUUUUAGAAUCGUGUUACGAUAGUUUAAAUAGCAAUAAGUCUUUAAAUUAA